AUGGCUGGCGGAAUCGUGACCGUGGUGAGCGGGGUGAUGAACCCCCUCAUCGGCAAGCUCACCACGCUCAUGGGCGACGAGUACAACAAGUUCAAAGGGGUCAAGAAGCAGGCCUCCUUCCUCCAGGAGGAACUUAGCGCCAUGAAUGCCGCUCUCCAGAAGCUGGAGCUCAUGGAUGGCGAGCUCGAUCCAAACAUCAAGGACUGGAGGGACCAUGUCAGGGAGAUGUCCUACGACAUGGAGAAUUGCAUCGACGACUUCAUCCGUCAGUCCCGAGCUGACGAUGCCAAGAGAAGCUUCAUCAAGAAUACUGCUCGACGCAUCAAGAAGAUGCGAGACCGUCUUCGUAUAGCCCACCAGAUGGAAGAACUCAAGACCGUCGCUAUAGAGGCGAAUGCUCGGCGCCAGAGGUAUAAGGUUGAUGAUUGGAAGCCUGCCUCCGGCUCUGUGGAUGUUGACCCUCGGCUGCGAGCAGUCUACCAGGAGGCAGAUUCUCUCAUUGGCAUUGAUGGCCCAAGGGAGGAGGUUGUGACUCGGUUGAUGGAUACUCAAAAGAAUCUCAAAGUGGUGUCAAUUGUGGGAUUUGGUGGCCUUGGCAAAACUACACUUGCCAAACAGGUGUAUGACAAGAUUGGCUUGCAGUUCGAUUGCAAGGCAUUCUUUUCAGUUUCGCAGAGGCCUGAUAUGACUGAGCUACUCAACAAUUUACAAUAUAAACUUGGGAUGAAGAAGCCUGAUACAUCUCACACUCGCAAGGUUGACGACAUCAUUGAAGAGAUAAGACAACAUCUGAAAAAUAACAGGUACCUUAUUGUUGUUGACGAUGUGUGGGAUGAAUCAGCAUGGAACAUUAUUAAGUGCGUGUUUCCAGAAGAGGGUAAUGGAAGUAGAGUAAUAGUCACAACCCGAGUUGAAGUUGUGGCUGGUGCAGCCUGUCAGAAUGACCGUGAGGGUAUCUACAAAUUGGAACCUCUCAGUGAAGAAAACUCAAGAAUGUUAUUGCUCAAUAGAGUAUUUGGGUCUGUACAUGGUUGUCCACCACAACUUGCAGACAUCAUGGCUGAGAUUUUGAGCAAGUGUCAUGGAUUGCCACUUGCUGUUAUAACAGUAGGUAACCUAUUAGCCAGUCAAGAAAGAUCAAGGAAGGGCUGGGAGAGUAUAAGGGAUUCUCUGGGUGCUCACUCUGCCACAAAUCCCACUUUGGAAGAGAUGAAGAGUAUAUUAAACCUUAGCUACAUGCAUCUUCCUGCUCAUCUGCGGGCAUGUUUUUUGUACCUUGGCAUGUAUCCUGAGGAUCGCGAGAUCUUAAGGGAUGAUCUGGUUCGGCAAUGGAAAGCUGAAGGCUUGCUUGUUGAUAGUUUGCACGUGCAAGAUUUGGAGGUUGUUGGCAGGAAUUAUUUCAAUGAACUUAUCAAUAGAAGCAUGGUUCAGCCGUGUCACACACAGUAUGGGGAGGUGUUGUCUUGCAGAGUACACGAUAUUAUGCUUGAUUUGAUCCUGAGCAAGUGUGAUAGAAAUAACUUUUUAAGUGUGGCAUACAGUUAUGAAGGCAUGGCAAGACUGCAUGGCUGCAAGUAUAAGGUCCGUCGAGUAUCUUUGAGCUCCAUGGCUGGUGGUGGAGCAACAGACGACCCAACUAUUACUGUUAACCUAUCACAAGUUCGGUCAUUUACACUGUUUGGGAAAUCCAUGCCUCCUCUUGUGUUGUUCAAGUAUCUCCGGGUGCUCAGGAUUGAUCAAGGCAGUGCCAGGGGAGACGAGCAGACUCUUGAUCUCACUGCUAUUAGCCAAUUGUUUCAGUUGAGGUAUUUGUACGUUGAGGGACCAGAUUUCAUACAGCUCCCUGCUGAACUUCAAGGGCUUGUUUACUUGGAGACGUUGCACAUUGAUUCAGAGCUCAAGAGCAUUCCCUCAGAUAUAGUCCAUUUGUCGUGCUUGUCCUAUCUCUACAUUGAUAAAUGCAACCACGGAGUGCUGCCUGAAUGGAUUGGGAAUAUGAAAUCACUGAAUAGUCUGAGAAUGCCGGUAGGCAUGGGGACCGAUCAGAGGGAAUUGAAUGGGAUGAACGGUAUUAUAGGUCUCGGCGAGCUGACCAAUCUCAGGGACCUAACAAUCAGUCUGUGGUCUUUGGAGAAGUCAGAACUUGAUGCUUUGGCCUGCUCCAUUGGAAAGCUCUGGAACCUCAAAUCUCUUCAACUCUCAGGGUUUCAGACUGAAAUCCAUAGCCAAAUGGGCUCAUUAUCCAAUCCUUUCCAACACAUCGAGGAGAUUGAUGUGUCUGUGUUGAAUUUUCCUAGAGUUCCCAUAUGGAUGGGUGGUCUCCAUUGCCUUCGCAUCCUCAACCUGCGUGUGGAGGAGACCUCAACUGAAGAUUUCCGUCUUCUGGGAGAUCUUCCCUCCCUCGUCAAACUCAUUUUCAGGCCGUCACAUAUCCCUAAAGAAAGGGCUAUAGUGGGCGCGGGACUAUUCCCUGUUCUGGAGCACUUUGAAUUUUGGAGUGAGGAAGACGCUAUGGCAGACCUGGGAUUCGAGGCGGGGGCCAUGCCCAACCUACAAACGCUCGGUUGCAAAUUCAAGGCGAGGGCCAUACCUGGGUUGCUGUUGCUGUUGACCCUGUUACGCCUUGACAUGAUCGAUCUGGAUGGGGCUCGCACCGGUGAUGCCAUAGUGUCUCCGUUCAGGGAUGCUUUAUCAGCGCACCCAAACCACCCUUCCGUUCGCCCUUCAUUUUAG